AUGACCAUGGCGAGCGUCGGUCUGACGUCGGCGCUGCUGGCAGCCAGCAUCGUUGGCUUCCAGUACGGUGUCUACGAGGACAUUCGCUUCCGCUUCCUUGAAGCGCGCGCCUUGAAGCUGGUCCAGUCUUCUACCUGGCGCGACAGCGUCUAUGUCUUCCCGCCCGGCUUUCGGCCCAUCUACGACUGCAAGGAACCGACGAUGGCUGUGACCUUCUUGUCGCCGUACGUACUGGGCUUGCCCCGUGGUACCUUGUCCGAUGCGCGGCUUCCGUUGCACUUUGCGAUCUACGAAGGUGACACGGUGGCGACGCAGCGCAUCGUUGCGUGGCGGCCCGACCUUUGCUCGUCCGAGGCCAUCGCCGACGCCUUCUACGAAGCCCACUUGAGAUCGCCUAAUAUCGCAUGGCCCUGGGUAUCUCAUCACCCUGCGGGUAUGGAUUGGACGCCGUACAAGGGUUUCAACAUGAGUUUUAACCAAAUUCCAGCGACGCUGGAAUUGUGA